CCGAACACCAAGACAACACAGAUAAUCAGACUCCGUACUUUGAAGACCAAAACCUCUGUGAUCGAGGUCUACUCGUCCCAUCAACGUCUACAACACGAAGCCUCGAGGGUUUCAGUCCUAACCAAAUCACCAUCACCCCACAUUGCCCCUCACCUUGAAUCUUCGACAGCAACCAGAGCUCCCGGACUCGCCACUAUGCCGUUCGCACAGCUUGUGCUGGGCAGUCCUGGAUCUGGAAAGAGUACUUAUUGCAAUGGGAUGCAACAGUUCAUGUCCGCAAUAGGACGAAAAUGCUCCGUAGUAAACCUCGAUCCCGCGAAUGAUCAUACAAGCUACCCGUGCGCAAUAGAUGUCCGGGAUCUCAUAAAACUAGAAGAUAUAAUGGAAGAAGACGAUUUAGGACCAAAUGGAGCCGUGCUUUAUGCGCUUGAGGAGCUAGAACAUAAUAUGGAAUGGUUGGAGGCUGGUCUGAGUGAGCUAGGAGAGGACUAUGUGUUAUUCGAUUGUCCAGGACAAGUGGAGCUUUACACACAUCAUUCCUCACUACGGAACAUCUUCUUCAGGUUACAAAAGCUGGGAUACAGAGCAUGCUUCCAUUUGCCUCUUCAUUGCGUCCUCCACCUUUCAGACUCGUAUUGUCUGACACUCCCUUCACUCUACAUAUCCAAUCUCAUCCUAUCUCUGCGAGCUAUGCUGCAGAUGGAUCUCCCCCAUCUUAAUGUUCUUACAAAAGUCGACAAGCUCUCUACGUAUUCUCCUCUCCCAUUCAACCUCGAUUUCUACACAGAAGUCCAAGACCUAUCGUACCUGCUUCCACACCUCGAAGAGGAAUCUUCGGCAAUGCGUGGGUCGAAAUUCGAAGGUCUGAAUACAGCUAUCGUCGAGCUUGUAGAAAGUUUCGGCUUGGUAGGAUUCGAGACGUUGGCAGUAGAGGACAAAAGAAGUAUGAUGCAUCUCCUGCAAGUUAUAGACCGAGCUGGCGGAUAUGCGUUCGGUGGGGCCGAGGGAGCCAACGAUACCGUAUGGCAAGUCGCAAUGCGAGAAGGCGUAACCACAAUGGAUGUCAAAGAUGUCCAAGAGCGCUGGCUGGAUGCGAAGGACGAUUACGACGAGAAGGAGAGUAGAGAGUGGGCCGAGCAAGCCAAGAUUCGAGACAAGGCCGAACCCGCAGCGGACUCUGAGAUGGGGGACGACGAUGAACUGGGGAAUAUGCCGAUACCUGCUGGUGGAAGCGGUAUAAAAGUAGUUAGGAAGAACCAAUGA